AGCUUGCUUUAGCAUCUUCACCUGCAGAUAUUCCACCAACAACUUUUGUAAGCUUUUCUUCAUCUGCAGUUUCCAGCCACAUAUAGACGUCGGUCACAGGUCGACGCCUAAUUCAGGCUUGACUGAUUAGGAUAACCUUAAAAGAAAUAUUAAAGCUCGUGUGCGCCCGCUUACCACAAGGAUUGUGCAGGCCCCAUCACUUUCAACUCUCCAAACGUGGGAUGUGAAGUUUGGACAAAAGAAAGCAUCACAGUCGAGUCAUCCUAUCAUCAAACUCCAAACACUGCACAAGACCGAACACAUCAAUCCAAUGUCUUCAUUUACCAUGGAUCGUGGACAAAACUCGAGUCUGAUGGACCGGCAUCAAGCCGCCAUCACCGACAUCACCAAGCACUUUGGCGAGUUGGUCAUUGGUCUUUCGAGCCCUAUUACUGCCGAGGACGCGGACACUGCCACAUCCUCGCAGCAGGCCAUGCGCAUGCAACUGGAAUCGAAUGCACUUAUCGCAUCGAUCGAGCACCUGCUCUCGCUCACCCGCCAGGUGCGCGAGCUGUGGCUCGUCGGCCCGCUCCUCAAGCCCGGCGAGGGCGAGCGCGCCGCCGACGGCCAGAUCGACGAGCAGGUCGAGUCCAUGACGCACAUCCUGAACCAGCUGCGCGAGCGGGUCCGCAACCGCCAGGUCGGCCCGCACGGAACCUACAUCAUCAAGGACCGCGCCGUCGCCGCUGCUCCGGCAACCGAUGGCGCCACCGCGGACGCGUCGUCGGCCCAGCCGGCACAAUCUUCCUCCGCUGCUCCCGGCGGCCAGAUGAUGGAGGAUGCCUUUGACUUGGUUCCUUCCACCCAGAUGGAGGAUGUCAAUCCGGAUGUUGCCAACGAGUCACUGUUCUGGAGCGUUAUGGGAGAGGACCAUGAGGCAAACUUGCACCCCGACGCUGCUCAAAACACCGGCACCGCCACUUCAAACAUUCACCAGGUUUCUGCUCAAGACGUCGCGUUUGCCCAAGAACCUACUGCCUUUCACAAUCAGGCUGGAGGAAUCACAGAAAACCACGGCCAGGGCGCCUUUGGCUCAAUCGAGAUGAAUGACCAGAGCGGUGGCGAUCGUUCCUCGGACAUGCCAAUGCUUGACACACCCAUGGAUCCGGAGGCCAGGAGACUGGAGUAUCUCUUGAGCCAAGACCACGGAUUGAUCGACCACCUCCUCCCUGCUAUCUGCCCCUCUGGUUCGGUCCGUGAUGCCGAGAACAUGGGCGCUCAAUUGUUCACGAUUGAGGAAGAGUAA